AUAAAAGUUACCAUAUUUAUUUUGCAGAACUACUUAAUAAAUUACCAUGCCUUGUCUCAGAAUAGAAACCAAUGUUUCAAAAGAGUCAUUCAACCAAGAGAAGAUGGCUAAUGAGCUCUUGGAAGCUAUAGCAAAAUCAAUGGGAAAACCAAUUGAAUAUUGCAUGGUUGUUAUUGUUCCAGACACUUUAAUCUUUACUGGUGUAGAUAAAACUGGUAAAUUACCAUCAGUAAAUGCAUCUCUAAUGAGCAUAGGUUGUCUUGGUCUGAAAGAAAAUAAAAAACUUGUUGCGGUUCUCUAUCCAAUUAUCCAAAAAUAUCUUGGUGUUAAUGAAGGUCUCUGCUAUAUACAAUUUAAGG